GGAAGUUACCCAAAAUUCAAUAUGAAAGCAAAAUAAGGCCAGAAAUACAAAUGACCCAGCCAGGCAGAUCUAGAAACCAAGGCCCACAAGAAGGAUCAGGAUCCAGCCCAAAUAAGCUUUAAGGUUGUUUACAGAACGAAAAUGGAGGAAAUUGGAAGAUACAGUACUAGGGCUUAGCAUCGACUGUUCGAAAAUGUCGUCGUCUUCUUCACAAACCCUAAUUCGGACAGGCGUAUCUCUGAUUAGCCGUAUGAUGAGGAGCCAAAACUUGAGAUGUUCAACAGCAGCUCAAACCCCAGAAAUUGCAAAUGCAAAUCGGACACUACUCACUGCUCGGCUUUUUCCAUCUCUCUUUUCUCAGUCAAAUUCACAGUUACAGUCACAGUCUCCGAUCCCUCUUAAUGUGCCCCAAUCUGAGGUUGAUUCGUUGAAGAAGCUUUCCACCGAAGGUUUCUUAUAUCCAACUGGCCUUCCUUCUCUCCCUUUUUUCCUACCUGACGUUGAUGAUUCUUCGUCGAGUGGGAUGCUUUUGUUCCCUAAGAGAACCUACCAGCCCAGCAACAUGAGGCGCAAAAGGACACAUGGUUUCUUUGCUCGCAAAGCAACAAAGGGUGGCCGGAGAGUUAUUGCUCGACGUAUUGCAAAGGGUCGUUCAAGAAUAACAGCAUAAUAACAAUUUUUGUUCCAUGGUUCACAAGGCGUACGGAUCAAGUGCAGAAAGCUGGUUUAGGGCAUUUCACAGACAGCUAAAUUAGGUGAAGUUGCGACUAUUGAAAACAAUGGGAUGAGGAAGUUAUGUUUAAGUGAGCCUCAAACUGGUGCUAUUACUUACCAGCGUUGUCCCCAACUCUUCUUAAUAUUUUUCGAAGCUGGUUUUAUUUCCCCUAAAGUUAUGCUUGAUCUGUAAUACAGAUAUAUUUUUGCGAUGUACCCUUUGGUUGUUUAUGUUAUGUAGCAUGAUGGUCACGAGUGACCUGUCUUAAUUUAAGCAAGCGUAACCUGCCUGAGCAAGAGGCUGUUUAGUUGGAUUUAUAGCUUCUGACUUGUAAACAUUCCUAACUCAUGGUUUUUGCUUUAUUUGUGUUAGAGAUAAUAUUCACAAAAAUACCUGAAUUUUCAGUUGAGCA